CCCGCCCCUGACGCUCCCCGGGAAGUACUCUACCCCGGCAGAGGCGGGCUGUUCUUGUCCCUCCGGCGCUGCCAUGCCUUCGCCCUCGUUGAGGUCCUCGCGCCUGCGGCAGGUGUUUGUGGUCGGGGUUGGCAUGACCAAGUUCAUGAAGCCCGGAGGUGAGAAUUCAAGAGAUUAUCCUGACUUGGCAAAGGAAGCAGGCCAGAAAGCAUUAGCAGAUGCACAGAUCCCGUAUUCUGCAGUGGAACAGGCAUGCGUUGGCUACGUUUAUGGUGACUCUGCCUGUGGACAGAGGGCUAUCUAUCACAGUUUGGGAUUGACUGGAAUUCCUAUAAUCAAUGUCAACAAUAACUGCUCUACUGGGUCUACUGCUUUGUUUGUGGCUCGGCAACUGAUUCAAGGAGGUGUGGCAGAUUGUGUGUUGGCUCUUGGGUUUGAGAAGAUGGAGAAGAGAGCCCUUGGCUCAAAAUUUUCAGAUAGGUCUCAUCCAAUAGAUAAACAUCUUGAAGUCUUGAUCAAUAAGUAUGGAUUGUCUGACCACCCAGUUGUUCCACAGAUGUUUGGGCUUGCUGGAAAAGAGCAUAUGGAAAAACAUGGAACUAAAGUUGAACACUUUGCAAAAAUUGGAUGGAAAAAUCAUAAACACUCAGUUAAUAACCCGUAUUCCCAGUUCCAAGAUGAAUACAGUUUAGACGAAAUAAUGAAAUCUCGAACUGUUUUCGAUUUUCUGAGUGUCUUACAAUGUUGUCCCACUUCAGAUGGUGCUGCUGCAGCAAUUUUGGCUAGUGAAGAAUUCGUACGGAAAUAUGGCCUACAAUCCAAAGCUGUGGAAAUUGUGGCACAGGAGAUGAUGACUGACUUGCCAAGCACAUUUGAAGAAAAAAGCAUCAUUAAAAUGGUUGGCUAUGAUAUGAGUAAAGAAGCUGCCAGGAAAUGCUAUGAGAAGUCUGGCCUGAGACCCAGCGAUGUUGAUGUGAUAGAACUUCAUGAUUGCUUUUCUGUCAAUGAACUCCUUACUUAUGAAGCGUUGGGGCUCUGUGCAGAAGGACAAGGUGGAACACUGGUUGACAGAGGAGAUAACACGUAUGGAGGCAAGUGGGUCAUAAAUCCUAGUGGUGGACUGAUUUCAAAGGGACACCCGCUGGGAGCAACAGGUCUGGCUCAGUGUGCGGAGCUCUGCUGGCAGCUGCGAGGGGAAGCCGGAAGAAGGCAGGUUCCCGGAGCCCAGGUCGCUCUGCAGCACAACUUGGGCCUUGGAGGAGCUGUGGUUGUAACGCUUUACAGGAUGGGUUUCCCCGAAACCGCCAGAAUGCACCAGAUUGAGGCUGCUCCUACCAGCUCUGCAGGUGAUGGCUUCAAGGCCAGUCUUGUCUUUAAGGAGAUUGAGAAGAAGCUGGAAGAGGAAGGGGAGCAGUUUGUGAAGAAAAUUGGUGGUAUUUUUGCCUUCAAGGUGAAGGAUGGCCCUGGGGGUAAAGAAGCCACCUGGGUGGUAGACGUGAAGAAUGGCAGAGGAUCUGUACUUCCCAAUUCAGAUAAGAAGGCUGACUGCACAAUCACCAUGGCUGACUCAGACUUGCUGGCUUUGAUGACUGGUAAAAUGAAUCCUCAGUCGGCCUUCUUUCAAGGUAAAUUGAAAAUUACUGGUAACAUGGGCCUGGCGAUGAAGUUGCAAAGCCUUCAGCUUCAGCCGGGCAAAGCUAAGCUGUGAAGAGCUCCCUUUGGCCACUUUGGAACAUCAGUAUGAGAUAUAGAGAUAUGUAGAUAGCCAUAUAUUUCAUUGUCAGAAACUUCACAUCAACAAAUAGCAUGAGAUAGAUUUGUUGCUAAGUGGGUAUGACCCAAUCAUGUUUUUCCUGAGCUCUGGGUGACUAGGGCUGGUGUACUACUACUGCCUUGACGAACUGCAGUCAAGUGUGCAUGACAAAGUUAACAUGGUGAUUAUGGUUUGGGGUAAAUUUGGGUUUCGGAAUAAAAUUAAGAACAGUAAAAUCUAAAGACUGUAAACAAAAGCUCAUGUUUUGCUUAGAAGCAUAUUCAAGAAUUACUCUGGUAAAGAUUCAACAUGAGCGCUUUCCUUAGAGAAGAGCAGGGUGCCGGCAGCUGACGGGAGUUAGUGUUGUGCUCUUGAUUACCACUAUCGGUUUCUCACUAAGAGCUCUUAAAAUUCUUAAAAUUCUGUACUGAAUUAAAAAACAACAAAAACUUUAAAAGUUGCAAUUCAUGCUAUCAGAAACAACUUUUUUUCCCAAAUGAAAUAAAAGAAUUAAGAUCAGAGCUUGGGGCAAAAUUUAUAGCUGAAUACAAACCUAUUUUUAAAGUAUUUUUUAAAUGGGUAUCCUUGAAAAAUCAGGGUGUUAGAGUCAUUUGAUGUAGUUGCUAAAAAUAAUUGAAUCAGCAAAGUUUGUUACAGAUGCACAGGUCUCAGAUUAUGAUCUCACAUUAAUAAGUGUAUAAACUGGGUCUCAUAAUUUACCUUUUUCACAUGUUUGAUUGAAUUUAUCUUCCUAGUUUUUCUAAUUCUAAUGUUAUUUGUUAUAACUUAGAUAUGGGAUAAAAAUAAUGCUUUUGGAAGACUAUUUAAUAGAAAAUUAAAAUAGCUCUUCCUGAUCUCCUUCA